UCACUUCCGCCCAGGUGAGGGAGGGCCAUCGCAGAUCCACCCGCCCUGGGCUUCCACCCGAGUCUCCGCCGGACCAGGUUUCUUGAAAAGUGAUUGAAGAAAAUAACUCAGAAUGCCGGAAAAUCCAGCCCCAGAUAAACAGCAGAUCCUGCUGGUGCUUGAUCGCCUGAAAUUGAAAUUGCAGGAGAAGGGUGACACAUCGCAGAAUGAGAAGCUGUCUACGUUUUAUGAGACUCUAAGGAGUCCUCUCUUCAACCAGAUACUCACACUUCAGCAGUCCAUCAAGCAACUGAAGGGGCAACUGAGUCAUAUACCCUCAGAUUGUUCAGCCAACUUUGAGUUUUCUAGGAAAGGUAUUUUGGUGUUUACAGAUGGUUCCAUUACUAAUGGGAGUGCCCAAAAGCCCUCUAGAAACUUGGCUGUAUCUGGGUUAUUUCCUUGGACCCCUAAGUUGGGAAAUGAAGACUUCAACUCAGUUGUUCAACAGAUGGCUCAGGGCCGGCAAAUUGAAUAUAUAGAUAUAGAACGACCUUCAACUGGUGGCCUUGGAUUCAGUGUGGUGGCCCUUCGAAGACAAAAUCUGGGAGAAGUUGAUAUCUUUGUGAAGGAGGUGCAGCCAGGGAGUGUAGCAGACAGGGAUCAAAGGUUAAAAGAAAAUGACCAAAUAUUGGCCAUAAAUCACACACCACUGGAUCAGAACAUUUCUCAUCAGCAAGCAAUUGCCUUAUUACAACAAACCACUGGACCUUUGUGCCUGGUUGUGGCCAGGGAUCUAGUCCACACGAAAAGCAGUCCUUCUACCAGCCUGAGUGAUACAACUCUGCCUGACACAGUGUGCUGGGGUCAUACUGAAGAUGUAGAGCUCAUUAAUGAUGGCUCUGGAUUAGGUUUUGGAAUAGUUGGUGGAAAAUCAAGUGGCGUGGUAGUGAGGACGAUAGUUCCUGGAGGAUUAGCAGAUCGAGAUGGAAGACUCCGGACAGGGGACCAUAUCUUGAAGAUUGGUGGCACAAAUGUACAGGGAAUGACCAGUGAGCAAGUUGCACAAGUGCUGAGGAACUGUGGGAAUUUAGUCAGAAUGCUCGUUGCUAGAGACCCAAUUGGUGAAAUUUCAGUAACCCCUCCUACUCCUACAGCCUUACCUGUUGCCCUGCCUGCUCAGGCCAACAGGAGCCCUGGUUCUAACAAUUCUACUCUUUUUGAAACUUACGAUGUUAAACUCAUUAAAAAGGAUGGACAGAAUCUUGGGAUUAGAAUUGUUGGCUAUGUUGGAAAUUCUCAUACAGGGGAAGCUUCAGGCAUUUAUGUGAAAAGUGUAAUACCUGGUAGUGCUGCAUACCACAAUGGCCAAAUUCAAGUGAAUGACAAAAUUGUUGCUGUUGAUGGUAUGAAUAUUCAAGGUUUUAGCAACCAAGAUGUUGUUGAAGUAUUACAAAAUACAGGGCAGAUGGUACAUCUAACCCUAGUUCGAAGGAAGACAUCCUUAUCUGAGUCUCCACUUGACCAGCCUUCAGACAAAGGGACUGUUGUAGAACCACCCAAACCACCAACUCUCUUUCUAACUGGAGCAGUGGAAACGGAAAGUAAUUUAGAUGGUGAAGAUGAGGAAACUGAAGAAAAAAUGAAUAAUCAAAAAGAUGACAACAUGCAAGCUGUAGAAAAACUGGAAAGAGUCCCAGACUCUCAAGAAAAUGAGCUGAAGUCCAGAUGGGAAAGUCUCCUGGGCCCUGAUUAUGAAGUAAUGGUUGCCACUUUGGACACACAGAUUGCCGAUGAUGCCGAAUUACAGAAAUAUUCAAAGCUGCUGCCUAUUCACACUCUGAGGCUUGGUGUGGAAGUGGAUUCCUUUGAUGGACACCAUUACAUCUCUUCAAUUGUUCCAGGUGGCCUUGUUGCUACACUGAGUCUCCUACAGCCAGAGGAUGAGCUUCUUGAGGUCAAUGGUGUUCAGCUCUAUGGAAAAUCUCGACGAGAAGCAGUCUCCUUUCUUAAAGAAGUGCCACCUCCCUUUACCUUGGUUUGCUGUCGACGGUUGUUUGAUGAUGAGGCCUCUGUAGAUGAACCAAGGACUACUCAGCCCUCUCUUCAUGAGCUGGAGGUAGAACACAAUAUAGUUGUCAAUACUGAAGAAGAUGAUGAUGAGGAAUUGGCACUGUGGUCUCCCAAAGUCAAGAUUGUCGAACUAGUGAAAGAUCAAAAAGGCUUGGGAUUCAGCAUUUUGGAUUACCAGGAUCCCUUAGAUUCCACAAAAUCAGUGAUUGUGAUACGCUCUCUGGUGGCGGAUGGUGUAGCAGAAAGAAGUGGAGAGCUUUUACCUGGAGACCGCUUGGUCUCAGUCAAUGAACACUGUUUGGACAACACCACACUUGCUGAAGCUGUGGAAAUAUUGAAAGGUGUGCCGCCAGGCACUGUGCACCUUGGCAUCUGUAAACCUUUGGUGGAAGAUGAGGAAGAAGAAGAAGAAAGACACUGUAUUUUACAUUCAAACAAUAAUGAAGGCAUGACUGAACUUUCAGGAACAAAUCCUGAUGCAAGUUCAGUUUUUAUACUUGAAGCACCGAAGGAAUUUAGAGAUGAACCCCAUUUUAAAGAAGAACUCGUGGAUGAAUCAUUUCUAGAUUUGGGAGAAUCUUUUCAGUUGCAGCAAAAAGAGAUUGCCAACAGCAAGGAAGCCUGGGAGAUGGAUGAAUUUCUGCCUCCUAGAUUGCAGGAAAUGGGGGAUGAAAGAGAAAUGCUUGUGGAUGAAGAAUAUGAGCUGUAUCAAGAUUGUUUGCAAUCCGGGGAGUUAUAUGCCUCAUCGCAUGUUCAAGGGACAGCUCCCGUUCCCUCAGUGGAGGAACUUCCCUUUGGUUCACAGUGGUUACAUGAUAGUGAAUCAACUAAGCCUCAAGAAGCAAGAUCCAUGAUGGGUUUAUAUCCCCAGGAGACACAGCAGUACGGCUAUAGCACUGAAAACAUGAUGAAAGAAAAUUUUGGCAUUGAUUCCUUAUCCUCCAUAACCUCAACUGAAGGCAACAGUCAACAAGGCAGAUUUGAUGAUCUGGAAAAUCUUAAUUCAUUAACUAAAAGCAAUCUGGAUUUAGACAUGAUGGUUCCAAAUGAUGUUCAAGGGCCUAGCUUGCUUGUUGACCUUCCUGCUGUGGCUCAAAGAAGAGAUCAAGAAGCAUUUCCUUUAUACCAACUCCCUAGGACCCGAGUUAUUUCAAAAGCCUCAGCACACGUGGGAAUGUUGUCUUCUAGAUAUGCCACUGAUGCAUGUGACUUACCUGAGAGAGAAGAAGGUGAAGGAGAAGAAACUCCAAAUUUCAGCCACUGGGGUCCACCAAGAAUUGUUGAGAUUUUUAGAGAGCCCAGUGUAUCUCUUGGAAUAAGUAUUGUUGGUGGACAAACUGUAAUAAAACGCCUGAAGAAUGGAGAGGAGCUUAAAGGUAUUUUUAUCAAACAAGUCUUAGAAGACAGCCCAGCAGGAAAAACAAAGGCUCUGAAAACUGGAGAUAAAAUACUUGAGGUGUCCGGAGUCGAUCUGCAGAAUGCCUCACACAGCGAAGCAGUGGAGGCCAUUAAGAAUGCAGGAAACCCUGUUGUGUUUGUUGUGCAGAGCUUGUCACCCACGCCAAGAGUCAUUCCUGGUGUGUAUAAUAAGAUCAGCAAAAUCGGCGUUAACCAGAACCGAGACAAUCAAGAAAAAAAAGAAAAGAGGCGAGGAACUGCACCACCUCCGAUGAAACUGCCCCCUCCUUACAAAGCUCCAUCUGGUAACAGUGACGAAGAUGAGGAAGAAUGUGCAUUUACUGACA